GGACUGUUUGCUGUGAGCAUAUUAGACUUUGUGAUAUAUACAUACAUGUAUAUCUCGAAUAUUCUAAUACUUUAUUCGUGUGAUCGUAUAUAGAGUCGUGGAAUCAGUGGAAACUUGUGCGACGUGAAGUGAAGGAAUUGAACUGAAGAACAACAAGAACCUCAUUAUUCAGGAUAUGUCAUCUGCAAAUCAAUUACCAAAUCUAUUCAAAUUAGCUUUGCUUUCAUGUGUUCCCUUGUUUGAAAUAGUCCUUGUAACAAUCAUACUAUCUUGCUCUUACGAUUUCACAACAUCACUGAGAAGCAUACGCUGGUUACCAUAUUUUCUAAUUGCUCUCUCUGCUCUAUUGUCACUGUUAAUCGUAUUUGUUCGUGGUCUACAAUCAAAGUUUCCAGUCAAUUAUCUAAUUCUCUAUCUUAACACUCUCCUACUGUGUUUUGCAUUCAUACCACCUAUGGUAUGCGUUGGAAUUGUAUAUCUGUUACUGUCUGACUUUCUGUCGGCACUGGUCUUGUAUACCAGUCUAUUUCUGGGGACAUUAAUCAAGAAAAAGUUUUUCUGGAGUUGGUUUGUGUAUAUGAUCGUCAUUUGGGUUUUCGUCUCAUGUCUUAUCUCAAUUAAUUUAUAUUUUUUGGCGUCUGACAAAGUAUUGUAUCAUUUCAUGGGACUCGCAUUUCUUUUUCCUCCAAUACCGCUCCUUCUGCGUAUCGGGCAACUGUUAGUCACGCAGCAAUCGGAACGCAUGUCAACUUCUCAUUUCAUAUUGGGUUUACUUGCAAUAUCCUUCAUAUUUCUACUGCUGUUUUUCUCAAUCGCUAUUCACUUCUAUCCUUCUAAAAUGCCAUCCACUAAACCAUAA